UCGGCGCUCGCAUUUGCCUCGCGGCCGGCAGAAAGAGUAGCAAGAGUAGCUGACCAGGAGUGUAUCGGCUCGAAGGAAGGAAAUCUCUCUUGAAGAUGCUCUUGCACGUGUCAGUGGCAGUAGAAUCGAUUGUCCAGUGAGACAGAGUGUCGCCCACGCGUGUCAUGUGUGUGUGAGGCCCCGCGGCCGCGUGUGCUCGAGUGCUGCCCAUUCGGAGAGUGUCCCUGAGAUGACAGAGAGACCAUUCUAUGCUGUCCUGCCGCAACAGCUUCGAUUCAACGACGAAAUCGUGCUCAAGGGGAAGAUCAAGCAGGACGCCGAGGUUUUCUCCGUGAACUUCUGCCUGGAGUCGAGUCCAACGCCGUCCUACAUUGCCUACCACUUCAAGACGCUCUUCAGGGCAGAUCCGUCCGUGGGCGUGAUCCAGAACCACAAGAACUACGUCUGGGGCGACGAAGUGAUCAACUCCAACACGUGGAUCGACGGACCUGGUCAGGACUUCAUCCUCACAUUCCUCUUCACGAAUCGCGACAUCACAGUCUACACGGACGACGACAACCGGUGCUUCCAAUACAAGUACGACCACCAGUUGGACAUUAGUGACAUCAAGACUGUGCAGAUCUGGGACGAUCUCGACUACAUCACGGAGGUGAUCUUCCGCUACAAGCACCCCAGCGAGAACAGCGUGUGAGAAUCACGACGAGUUCCAGGGAAAAAGAUCGCGCUCAAUGUUCGUCGAAGGCAAUUUCCUCUCUUUACGUCGGCUCUAUAUACUCAAUGUGGCACUACUAAACCUUCUCAGCUCUCGCGCCCUGCUCAUUAUUUUUCCUGGGAAAAGCAAUCAAAGAGCCUUCCCACACACACUCACCGUAUAAAUGUAACGACAAUUUGAAUUUUUAAUUUGUUUUUAUAGAGAAUUACAUAUCGUAGUAAAAUGGUUAAGAAUUUA